CCCUGCAUCUAUCAUCUUCAAAUAGUUUGCACCCGAAACCACGUAAACUCGCUCUUUUCGUCCCAAUGUUACGGCAUACGUUAGCCAAUCUACCCGACCUCGACCCACUUCCGUCCCGGCACGUCGGGUUGUCAGUUUCGGCAACAGGCGGGCAGCACGGGCCAACUACGCCUAAAAAAGAAACAUAUAAACACCGUCAGACGUACGUCUACCUUCAAGCAUCAUCACCACCACCACCAACCACAUUCGACCUUGCUCAUCUCCAAAUACUGCCCUCCGAAAAGCUUCAUGGUUCUCACUCGGGAAAAAUCAAGCGGCAGGCGAAUUGAAAAGA